GGAGCGGCUCAUAUUCAGUCGUCUAGCCGCAACGCAGCUCGACUGCUUUCUGCUUCCCUGAUCCAAAACGAACCAAACGUCAAAACCCUAGUUCUCUUCCACUGCCCAAUCGACCUCCGCGACUCGUCCCUUCCGUCAUCGACCUCCAUUGAAGGAUUAGGGGCUCAGAACCUUCUUGAAGAGAGGUUCUCCCUCACCUGUAAUCUUAGUGGCCUCUCUUGGAUUGAGGUUUUUCCCCAUUUCAUAUUGGUUUCAAGAUUUCAUUUCUUUUUUCUUUACUGUGAGUAUGAAUUUUGAAUGAUCUAACCUCUGUUGGCCUGUUAUAUUCCCGUCAUUGAGUUAUCAAAUUUCUGUUAAACCACGCACGUCGUUCCCCCGGCCUAACCCCAACUAACUCUCUCACCAAAACCUCUCGACCUUCUCCAACUUUGAGACUCAAAUUCCCUUCAAAAUCUUCUCUAUCGACGCCUGAAAACGCUAGCUAUGGCGGCGACUGCCACCUGGCAGCCCCAGGAGAAUGGGGUCAACGAGAUCUGUGCCGUGCUCGAACAACAUAUAUCUCCAGCCUCCGACAAGUCUCAAAUUUGGCAGCAGCUGCAGCACUUCUCUCAGUUCCCCGAUUUCAACAACUACCUUGCUUUCAUCCUCACUCGUGCUGAGGGAAAAUCAGUGGAGAUUAGACAAGCAGCUGGUCUACUUCUGAAAAAUAACCUCAGAACUGCGUUCAAAUCUAUGUCCCCUGCAUACCAGCAAUAUAUAAAAUCAGAGUUGUUGCCUUAUAUAGGAGCCUCAGACAAGCAUAUCAGGUCUACAGUGGGGACUAUUAUAAGUGUUAUUGUUCAAUUGGGUGGAGUUUUUGGAUGGCCAGAGCUGUUGCAAACCCUUGUCAACUGCUUGGACAGUAAUGAGUUGAAUCAUAUGGAAGGUGCCAUGGAUGCUUUGUCCAAGAUCUGUGAAGAUAUUCCUCAAGUGCUGGAUUCAGAUGUGCCUGGACUUGCAGAGCGGCCCAUCAACAUUUUCCUUCCUAGAUUAUAUCGGUUUUUCCAGUCACCACAUGCUACACUGAGAAAGCUGUCCUUGGGGUCUGUAAAUCAAUAUAUUAUGUUGAUGCCAGCUGCUCUAUAUGUAUCAAUGGAUCAAUACCUCCAAGGUUUGUUUGUUCUUGCUAAUGACCCUGUUGCAGAGGUGCGAAAGUUGGUUUGUUCUGCUUUUUCCCAGCUAAUAGAAGUUCGUCCAUCUUUCUUGGAGCCACAUUUAAAGAAUUUGAUUGAGUACAUAUUGCAAGUCAACAAAGAUCCUGAUGAUGAAGUGGCUCUUGAAGCCUGUGAAUUUUGGUCAGCUUAUUGUGAUGCUCAAUUACCACCUGAGAACUUGCAAGAAUUCUUGCCGCGGUUAAUUCCAGUUUUGUUAUCAAACAUGGUUUAUGCUGAAGAUGAUGAAUCACUUGUUGAUGCUGAGGAGGAUGGAUCUCUUCCAGACAGAGAUCAGGAUCUGAGGCCUCGUUUUCAUUCAUCACGAUUCCAUGGUUCGGAUGAUGCAGAAGAUGAUGAUGAUGACAUAGUCAACGUCUGGAAUUUACGGAAAUGUAGUGCAGCUGCUUUAGAUAUGUUUUCAAAUGUAUUUGGAGAUGAGAUUCUUCCAACAUUAAUGCCUAUAGUUCAGGCCAAAUUAUCUAAUGCAGGUGAUGCAGUGUGGAAAGAAAGGGAAGCUGCUGUUUUAGCCCUUGGUGCCAUAGCUGAGGGUUGCAUCAAAGGACUUUAUCCUCUUUUACCAGAGAUUGUGGCAUUUCUCAUCCCUCUUUUAGAUGACAAGUUUCCUCUCAUACGGAGUAUUUCCUGUUGGACACUCUCUCGUUUUAGCAAAUUCAUUGUUCAGGGUGGUCAUCAAAAAGGUCAUGAGCAAUUUGACAAAGUUCUAAUGGGUCUUCUUCGAAGAAUAUUGGAUGACAAUAAGAGGGUACAAGAGGCUGCAUGUUCUGCUUUUGCAACUCUUGAAGAGGAGGCUGCAGAAGAGUUGGCACCAUGCUUGGAUAUCAUUUUACAGCACCUAAUGUGUGCUUUUGGAAAAUAUCAGAGAAGGAAUCUCAGAAUUGUAUAUGAUGCUAUUGGUACUUUAGCAGAUGCUGUUGGAGGGGAACUAAAUAAGCCCACAUAUCUAGACAUUCUGAUGCCACCACUCACUGCAAAGUGGCAGCAGCUAUCAAAUUCGGACAAAGACCUUCUUCCACUGCUGGAGUGUUUUACAUCUAUAGCACAGGCUUUGAGUACUGGAUUUUCUCCAUUUGCUGAGCCUGUAUUUCAGAGGUGCAUAAACAUCAUCCAGACCGAACAGUUGGCAAAGGUUGAUCCUGUUUCAGCGGGGAUUCAGUAUGAUAAGGAGUUUAUAGUAUGCUCUCUGGACCUGCUUUCUGUACUUGCAGAAGGUCUUGGUGGUGGGAUAGAGAGUUUGGUUUCACAAAGUAGUUUGAGAGACCUUCUUCUGCAAUGUUGCAUGGAUGAUGCAUCUGAUGUUCGGCAAAGUGCAUUUGCUCUUCUAGGGGACCUUGCUAGAGUUUGCCCUGUUCAUUUGCGCCCUCGUUUGUCUGAAUUUCUUGAUGUUGCAGCCAAGCAGCUGAACACUCCUAAGAUCAAAGAAACUGUUUCCGUAGCAAAUAAUGCAUGUUGGGCAAUUGGAGAACUAGCAGUUAAGGUUCAUCAAGAAAUCUCCCCCGUUGUAAUGACAGUUAUGUCUUGCCUUGUGCCAGUACUAAAGCAUGCAGAGGAGCUAAACAAGUCACUCAUAGAAAAUAGUGCUAUCACGCUGGGGAGGCUUGCCUGGGUCUGUCCAGAGAUUGUGUCGCCACAUAUGGAACAUUUCAUGCAAUCAUGGUGUACUGCUUUAUCUAUGAUACGUGAUGAUAUUGAAAAGGAAGAUGCAUUUCGAGGUCUAUGUGCAAUGGUUAGAGCAAAUCCAUCAGGGGCUUUGAGUUCACUCGUUUUCAUGUGCAAAGCUAUUGCAAGUUGGCAUGAAAUAAGAAGCGAGGAGCUGCACAAUGAAGUAUGCCAGGUGUUGCACGGUUAUAAACAGAUGCUUAGAAAUGGAGCGUGGGAACAGUGCAUGUCUGCUUUGGAGCCCCCAGUGAAAGACAAGCUUUCAAAGUACCAAGUUUAAUUUGCUUUUACAAUAGCAUACGCAGUGUUCUUCAGUGUUUGGGUCUUCUCAGCUGUAUAUCUGCAUGAGAAAUGUUGGCGCUUUGUUAACCAUCUGAAUCUUUGGAGCUGGGAUUUGUGUCAAGUGAAGGCCAAGGUUUGGUCACAUUUUUUCAUGGGCAAAGACGUGAUUUGCUCUUCCUCUAGGUAGAACUUGAAGCUAAAAUUGUGCCUCUUCUGUACUGCCGAGGGAUUUGUAUCAAGCUGCUAAAAAGAAUUCUGGGUUGGGUCAUAGAUGUUGUAAAAGAGGUCCGGCAUUUCAGGCUUCCAGGAAGUUUUACUUUUUACCUUCUUCCUUUGUAUCUAUCUUGAAAUAGGCGAUAGAUAUAGUGUGUUCUAGCAUUAGAUUCAUCAUUUUUACUUUGGGCGAGGGUUUUUUUUUCCCAAAUCAUUUUUGGGGAUAGGUUUGAUGCUGUGAUUCCACAGAUUUUGUUGUAAGGGAUCAAAUUAUAGGCCAUGAGAGUCGUUUCCAUGUUUUAUUUUGUCAUGGGACUUUCAUUCAUAUUGUAUUUAGCAGCUGUGGGAUUUGAGUCUCCUAAAAACAAUAAUAUUUGUGAACGUUCAGGUUCAUGAUUUGAUUUGAUA